AUGACUUCAACUUCAAUCUUCGUUAUUUCUACUCUUCUGGCAGUUUUAGUCGCAGCCUUCCCUAUUGAGGGCGGAUUUCAAGGUUCUUUCAAAUCGAAAAAUUUGAUAAACGGAAAUUUCAGAAAGAAUCCACAGAGAAAUGCAGGCGGCCGGAAUUUCGCAGGCAACAAUUGAUGGGAUUCAGAAGAUAGCAGACAACUACAAGGUUACUUUUUGAAUUUGACAAUUUUAUGAGAAGUUGAAAGUUUUCAGGAAGAUUUCGCAGAAGUCAAGUCGAAUCCGGAGGUCGCCAAGGCGGCUUUCGAGAAGAUGAGACUCGACGUUGACACCUACAUCAAGACGGCUCCCGCAGCUGACCAGGUGCAGUUUUUCGAUAGUUUUCAAGCUCGAGAAAGAUUUAAAUUAUCUGAAAACCAAGGAAUAUAUCAAAUAAGACAAUAUUUCCAUUUAUAGGCCGCCUGGAAGACCUUCGCCCAGAAUCUCAAGGCCGAGCUCGAAGCUCAUCGCCCGACUGUGCCUUCAUAA